UGCGUAUGACUUUUUACAUGAAAGACCGGUGGAUAUUUGCCAUGAAAUCGAAGUUGUUUUUGGUUCUCUGAUGAAAUGUGGUUUGGGUCCUAAUUGCCUCUGGCAUAAACUCGGACACCUCUCGGUAGCGUCCCGGCCGUUGCCUACGUCACCAGUUUUUACCAAAUGGGAUUGAACAGCGUGGAAUGAACAUUUCCAAAUCGUUGUAGCGGUGGCUGAAAUUAACAAACAACAGAUGAAGAUGUGGCAUCCCUUGCAAUCACUUCCUCUGUGUGUGCUACUUGCUUUUCUUGUGAGCCACGGCCAAGGAACCAGGCAGGGCCAGGAUCUCAAAUGUGGAGCAUGUAGGGCCAUGGUGGAUGAGAUGGAGUGGGCAAUAUCCCAGGUGGAUCCUAACAAAAUGAUCCAGACCGGGUCCUUUAGAAUCAACCCAGAUGGUAGCCAGUCUAUUAGAGAGGUUCCUCUCGCCCGCUCGGAGGGUAACCUCCUGGAGCUAAUGGAGGAGAUAUGUGAGAAGAUGAAGGAUUACGGGGAACGCUUGGACCCCAUCACCAGCAGGGAGACCUAUGAGAGGGUCACGUCUCGGAACGGCAAACCCAUGGACCUCUCAGAGGCUAAACUGGAUUCCAGAGUCACAUCCAGCCUGAAAUUUGCUUGUGAGACCAUCAUUGAACAACAUGAAGACGAGGUCAUCGAAUUCUUUGCCCAUGAAACGGACAACGUGAAAGACAAACUCUGCAGCAAGAGAACAGACCUUUGCGACCAUGCUCUGCAAAUCCCUCAUGAUGAGCUAUGAUUCCAUCCUGCAGUUCACGCAGCUCAGCUUUACACACAGCUACCUUCCACCACGUUAGUGUGUGGGGAGGUGGAAAUGUAGAACUCAACACACUAGCUCGAUCUGCGCUAUCAAUCACAAGUCAUAGAUGCAAGGUAUAACUUAUUGGGCGACUACUGUUAAGAAAACUCAUGACAUCAACUAUAUUCUCACACAUUUGUGCUUUUGUGCCUCAAUUUAUAUUGUCCUUAUGCAGGUGUGUAUGAUGUGGGUAGAGCACUCUUGUAAUGUGUAUAUUACUGCAAUGAAUUCAAAUCAAAUGUAUUGGUCGCAUACACAUUUAGAAGAUGUUAUUGCGGGUGCUAUUUAUAGUAUGUCUAACACAGCUGUAGCUAUGAAAAAAAUGGUAUCACUCUGGAUGAUUUCAGGAGUUUAAACAUUCUUAACCUUACUCUUGAAGCAGAUGGUGAAUCAAAUUCUGUAACAGUAGUUAGAUACUGAAAUUGUUCAACAUGGUUGCAAAUCUUGCUGUGCUUGUUGCUUUGAUUAAUUGUAUCCUGUGAAUGAUGGAAAGGUUUGAUUUAUACUUUCUCGAGCAACUCUCAUUCCUCUUUUCUAUUUUGUGUAUUCAUCUUUUGUCACAGUCAUCUUUUUUUCAUACUUUGAUGGAAAUAUAUUUCUACAAUCUGGA